AUGCCUUCAUCUCAUCUUGACACUGAAAUGGCCUUCUUGUCCGACAAGAGCAUUGUGUACACCCUCACCCUCGGCGCUGCGUUGACUACUAAGAGUGCUGUUCCACUGCCAAAGGGAGAAUUAGGAUCCACAGCUCGUCCCAAGCUUUGCAGCUCAGCCUCUUUGCCAACAGAGGCCUUAAGUUUUCAGAGUGACUUCUCCUUGGAGGAAAAGACCGCCCUGGUCAAGAGUGUUUCAGAUACAGAUGCCAAAGUUCUGUUUGUCCUCCCCAAGGUUUCAGAGUUGAAGAAAUACUUUGAGGGACCUGUCCCAGAAGAUUUGGGAAUGAACAGGAAGGAGAGGAUAGCCCGGCGUCUGGAGGGGAUGGAGAGCGAUGCUCCGCCUGCGCUGGUGCCCGGUGGUUUGGUAGCCAACAGGAUGCUGGAGGAGGACUCCCCGCGGUACACCCGCGCCUCAGACCCCUGUGAGCCUUGUGUGACGGUGAGACGCUACAGUCGAGAGGAGCUGGAGGCCCCCCAGAAGCAGCUUUCAUCUCAGGACAGAUCCCCUCAGAUCAAAGGCGGUGUUGGCAGCAGCCGCCCAGACCCCAUGUUGGUGUACGUUGACCCAGUGUCGCUAUCCACCUCUUCUACACCCACAUCUGGUCCCGCUGACCCCUCCAGUCUCAGCUCCAAGGCUGAACGCAUCGCCCGCUACAAAGCUGAGCGCCGCCGGCAGCUUUCAGAGCGGUAUGGCAUUCUCCUGGAUCAGGAGGCGGACGUCGACUUCACACCUCGCCACCGAUCCCGCCGUGAUACGGACACCCCCGACCGACAAACAGCUGCAAGGCGAGAAAGAGACAGACAGGAAGCUGAGGAACAAGGACGAGAUCCCAGGGUGCCAUACCGCUCCGGAGUGGGCAGGGUUUACAUGAGGAAUCAGCCGGACCCCGCCCCUGUUUCCACCCCCAGCCCCGCCCACUCAAACCAAGCCCAUCCCAAGACACAGGAAAGGCAGCGGAGGUUUUCUGAUCGGGAAAGGGCGAUGAACAUGGAGAACUACCGACGUGGUGGGGCUCAAGAGCGCUCAAUCGCUCCUUUAACGAGAACCCAGGAGCAGCCUCAUCACCAGCACCAGCAGGACCACGCCCACCAGGAGCCAAGCCCCGCCUCCAGCCGGGAUUACAGCAUCGCGGCGGUGCCCAGCUCCCCUCGCACCGCCCGCCGGGCCUCGCUGCCCUCCAACCGCUACGGCAUCUCACCUGGGGAUUUAUUCAUAGAGCAGCAGGCCCAGAGCAUCCUCAACAGGCAGGGAAUCCGGGUAAGGGAACGCUUGUCCAGGGAUGAAACAGUCCAGAAGCCCCCUGACUGGAGUCCAGACAGACACCAGGGUAACAGACACCAUACUCAGGGGAACACUGCUCAGUAUACGCCACAACGAUCAGAACUCCCCCUGCAAAGGACUGCUCCCCAUCCUCAGCCCAGCCCAGGCCAAACAGCCCAUCCUGAGUACCAACACUCUGGUCCUGCUGUUGACUCUCAGCCUUAUUUGGCCAUCCCUGCCCCAGUGGCCACUGCCAAACUUCCUGGACCCCCCGAGGUACUACCACGAAGAAGAGUGAGUGCCGACCAAAUCCAUGCCGCCCAUAGGGGGGCAAGAAUGGAGGCCAGGCAGGCGCUGAAGGAAGAGGCCCACACAGAGGGUCUGUUGAAGAGCAGGAAAGCCGUUUUGCCAUCUGAGAUUCGCCGAAGGGAAAAGAGUGUGGAUGAUACUCAAAGUGGCCCGCAUGAAGAGAUGGACUGGCAAACAUACAGCCCAGAACAGAGGAGGAUGAGUCGAGGCGAGGAAGACUGGGAUCAUGAGACACCAAGGGAGAGGGGGAGGGAGAGAAAUGUCGAGAGGAUCAGAGAGAGAGGGAGUGAUGAUGGCCAACAGGAGAGAUUGUUUCGAUCCCAGCCUCCCCACAUUUCUGCAAGCCAGCAGCCCAGGCAGCAUCAGUCCACAGAGCCUGUGUACCAUCAAGAGCCCCAAAUUCAUCAGCAAGAGCCCCCAACACAACCACUGUAUGAACCUAGAAAGAGACAACCUGUGGCUCAAGUUCAACAGCAAGAGCCCCAACUUCAGCAGCAAGAACCCCCAACACAACCACUGUAUGAACCUAGAAAGAGACAACCUGUGGCUCAAGUUCAACAGCAAGAGCCCCAACUUCAGCAGCAAGAACCCCCAACACAACCACUGUAUGAACCUAGAAAGAGACAACCUGUGGCUCAAGUUCAACAGCAAGAGCCCCAACUUCAGCAGCAAGAACCCCCAGCACAACCACUGUAUGAAACCAGAAAGAGACAACCUGAUCCUGAAAUGCAGCAUCAGUACAACCACUUAAGACAGCCACAAGAUCCUCAAAUGCAGCUUCAGGACGAUCGUUUGAGACAGCAACAAGAUCCUCAAGUUCAGCAUCAGUAUGAACGUUUGAGACAACCACAAGAUCCUGAAAUGCAGCAUCGGGACGAUCGUUUAAGACAACCACAAGAUCCUCAAAUGCAGCAUCGGGAUGACCACCCGAGGCGGUCACAAGAUCUUCAAAGACAACAGCUGCUUCAAAGAAUACCGGAUUCUGAGCUUCAGAGAAAAGAUCCUCCAAAUCAGCAGCAAGACUCCCGCAGAAAUCAACAAGAGCCCAAACUCGACAAGGACGUUGAGCCCCAGAGGCAGCAGCAGCAGCAGCUAGACCUUUCAGGGAACCAGAGGUUUGACUCAGCCAUCUACGUCCAGCAGGGCUCCUCGUUGCCUCAGGCCAAACACAGAAGCAUUGAGAUGAGCGGAGUGCCCAAAUCAAAGACACGAACCCGCUCCAUGUCAGAUAUAGGUAUAAGUCAGCAUUCUAACACGUACCGCAUGGAGAGGGCAGCGGCCAGUCGAGAAGCUUUGAGGGCCGUCCCUCCACCGGUGAUGGCUAACGGGGAGAUGGGCAGCCUGGACACCAGGGUGUCGGUAGCACAGCUGCGACACUCCUACCUGGAGAACGCCAACCGGAAACCUGAGUUUGAGACUACUAAAGUCGAUCUGUCAGCAGUGGAGGUAGAGCCGGUUAUCAGCGCUGAUCGGGAAAGGGGUGUUCGGAAACCUCGUCGCUACAUCACUCCAGGAGACAGUCGCAUGUCGGAGAGGUUUAGGACGCAGCCCAUUACCUCUGCAGAGCGGCUGGAGUCAGAUAGGUCCCGUCUCAGCCCUUCACAGCUACAAGAUGCAGAAGCUGGAGAAACUCUGGAUGACAGAGCCAAGAUGAGUGUGGCUGCCAAGAGAUCCCUCUUCAGGGAGCUGGAAAGGACAUCAGAUGUUCCCAAACCGCGCUCCAGAAACGCUGCCGUAGAGCGCCGCCUGAGGAGGGUUCAGGAUCGGUCGCAAACACAACCCGUCACCAACAAGGAGGUGGUCAAUGCUUCAAGUGAUCCUGCCACAUCGUCACAAACUCUGAGCCCCCACUCUAACGCCGCUCGCGUCCCCAGCCCCACUGCAGUCAGCACCAAUGUGACCAGCAUCAGAAUUCUGGUCUUUACCCGAGAAUCCCAAAUGUAG